AUGCCUGGUUUGGGCAAGAUGGGAGAGACUAAUUUGGCUCCUUCUCAAACCCAAUCAGGGUGGUUGGCCCCAUCCUCUCGAACACACACUCCUGCCCCUGCGGCUGUGCCACCUCAUGUAUAUUCCCCUAUGUCCUUUGACCAUAUGUCUGAUCAAGAAUUAUUAAACAUGGUUGCCCAAAAUAUGAUUGUUCUAAAAAAGAGUUCUCACAACUACAAGGAACACCGCGAUCAGUCACGUAAUCAACAUAUUUUUUAUUCAAACCAAAUCCAAGGGGCGGCGGCAUCCAUCCAGGCUGUGCAAGAUCAGCUUCUUCAUCAAUCUUCCUCUUGCUCCACAGCCCCACUUCCACCACCCCCACCUUCUGGCACUGCCACCACUAUCAAUCCCCCACCUACGUCUUCUAAUUCCGAUUUGAAAUUUGCCAAGCCAAACAAGUUUAGUGGCAAGAAAGAAGACGCCCUCAAUUUUAUCAUUGCCUGCCAGGCUUACAUAAGGGCAAAGGGAGCAAACCGGUCCCAGGAAGAAAAAAUUUUGUGGGUAACAUUGUAUUUUGAAGGAGCAGCAGAAGAUUGGGUACGCCCCUACAAGGAAAGGAAGGUGUUCAGGGGAGAAGCGGUCCCCUUAUUGGAAAACAUCAAUACAUUUUGGGCUGAAUUCACUAAACAUUAUGUGGACACUAAUUGCAACAAGAAGUAUCGCCAAAAAUGGAAUAACUUGCGGCAGAAGGCUUCAGUCCAGGAAUACACUCGGGAAUUCCAACAAUAUUCUGUGUCCUUGGGUUAUAGUGAUGAAACCUUGCGCAAUAAGUACUAUGACGGCCUUAAAAAUGAAAUCAAAGAUAUUAUGUUGUCAACUAUGUUCCAAUGGCGUUGUGCUACAGCCCAACAGGUCUAUGACAAGGCAGAAGAAAUUGCUAACCACAUUGAAUCUACGCGCCUAUCCAACCCCUCUGUCUCCACUGUUCGUGCUACUACUGCUGUCUCCACUUCCACUCCCAACCCCACUCCCGCUCACACUCGUCUCAACGUUGGGGACAAUGUCUACAUGAUUGAUCCCACUACUUGCCGCGCCAAGAAAGGCGCCAUCACCUCAAUUGUACGCACCACUUCUGGCAAUAUGCCCAACGUCAGGUGGAAUGGGGAAACCAAGGACACAAUGAUCCCAUUCCCAUCUCUCAAAAAAGACAAACGUCCUGCUGCUGCUGCACCUGUUAGGCCCACUAUUGCUCCCACUCCUGUCUUGGCCUCAAGUUCUAAAGGCCCAGGCCCCAUGGAUCUUGACGGGAGGGGUUUUGCAAACCUUAUCUGCCAUAUAUGCGGCGGUAAAGGCCACUUUGCACGAAAUUGCCCUUCUAAGCCCAUGUCUGGACAUGUGGCCAAUGUUGAAUGGUCUUGGGAAAGGCCUAAAGAAGAAAGUUGUAUUGAAGUAAUUUCUGAUGAGGAAGAGUUGGGAAAAGGAAAAGCCAAGGCCAACUAA